UCUGACUUUCUAUUAAUUCGUCAGUCGCCUCUCUUCCUCCUCACUGCCUCUCUGGUCACGGAAACAACAAAAACUCGUCACUCGUCUCUUGCUCUGCGCAACUAGAGAAUACGGAAAAACAAUGAAGAUAGAAGAAGUGCAGUCGACUACUAAGAAGCAGAGGAUUGCCACGCAUACUCAUAUCAAAGGCCUUGGGCUUGAGGCUACUGGAAAAGCAAUCCCUUUGGCUGCUGGAUUUGUGGGUCAAGCAGCAGCAAGAGAGGCUGGUGGUCUUGUAGUUGAUAUGAUCCGCCAAAAAAAGAUGGCUGGAAGGGCACUUCUGUUUGCUGGACCUCCUGGAACUGGUAAAACUGCCCUUGCCCUUGGUAUCUCUCAAGAACUUGGCACUAAGGUCCCAUUUUGUCCAAUGGUUGGAUCAGAAGUCUACUCAUCAGAAGUAAAGAAAACUGAAGUCUUGAUGGAGAAUUUCAGAAGGGCUAUUGGUUUACGUAUCAAGGAAAAUAAAGAGGUUUAUGAAGGAGAAGUGACUGAACUAUCUCCAGAGGAAAUAGAAAGUGUGACUGGUGGAUAUGGUAAAGCCAUUAGUCAUGUAAUUAUUGGCUUAAAAACUGUUAAAGGAACAAAGCAAUUGAAGCUGGACCCAACUAUUUAUGAUGCCUUGAUCAAGGAAAAGGUAGCUGUUGGAGAUGUUAUAUAUAUAGAAGCAAAUAGUGGUGCAGUUAAAAGGGUAGGCAGGAGUGAUGCAUUUGCAACAGAAUAUGAUCUUGAGGCUGAAGAAUAUGUUCCUCUUCCUAAAGGAGAAGUUCACAAAAAGAAAGAAAUAGUUCAGGAUGUAACACUUCAUGAUCUUGAUGCUGCAAAUGCGCGUCCUCAAGGUGGACAAGAUAUAUUGUCACUAAUGGGUCAAAUGAUGAAGCCUAGAAAAACUGAAAUUACAGACAAAUUACGACAAGAAAUCAAUAAGGUUGUUAAUCGUUAUAUUGAUGAAGGGGUGGCAGAGCUUGUCCCUGGUGUGUUAUUCAUUGAUGAGGUACAUAUGUUGGAUAUGGAGUGUUUUUCUUACUUGAAUCGUGCAUUGGAAAGCUCGUUGUCUCCAAUUGUAAUAUUUGCCACCAACAGAGGGAUAUGCAGUGUGAGGGGAACUGAUAUGUCAAGUCCUCAUGGGAUACCGGUGGAUCUAUUAGACAGAUUGGUGAUUAUACGAACAGAAACCUAUGGUCCCGCUGAGAUGAUUCAGAUAUUGGCUAUUAGGGCACAAGUGGAGGAGUUGUCUAUAGAUGAAGAAAGUUUGGCUUACCUUGGUGAGAUUGGACAACAAGCAUCCUUAAGGCAUGCUGUUCAGUUAUUAUCACCUGGCAGUGUUGUGGCAAAAAUGAAUGGGCGUGAGGGUAUUUGCAAGGCGGAUUUGGAGGAAGUAAACAGUUUGUAUUUGAAUGCAAAGUCAUCUGCUAAACUUCUACAAGAACAACAAGAUAGAUAUAUCUCCUGAUCAAGUAGUCUCUGAAAAUUUGGUAAUCAGUCCAUUUCUUUGAGACAAUUUUGAAGAACGAAGAAGGCCGGAUGUUUUUAAUAUAUUUAUGUAUCCUUUUUUCGUUCUUUUUCAUUUAAGAAACACAAGUGAACUCGUGUUAUAUCUCUAUGCAAUUUCUACUUCCUUA